AUGGUGCAACUUCGAAUCAAACACGCAGUCCCUCAUUCUCUCUACCUUGUGUGUUCUGUUGAAGAAGAAUCGAUCUCCCAUGCUUUAGUGACCUGUCAAAUUGCUAAGGAUUGCUGGGACAGUGUCGGUAUUCACUCGGUUCUGCAGCAACAUCACAGUUUUUUCGACUGGUGCAUCAGCAACUUUCAGAUGUUAGACAAGGAGAACCCAAAAGGUUACCUUUCACAAUGGAAAAAUGCUCAUUCCUCUGGUUUAGAGCUGCUGUCCACUGGUUUGAUCAAUGGGGACGGAGCCGAGCAUUGGGUGCCUCCAACGGAGAAUACUAUUAAGGUAAACGUUGACGCAGCGAUUUUUGAAACAACCCGACAGUUUGGAAUUGGUUGGGCUGCCAGGGACACUAGGGGAGUUCUUAUCAGUGGCCAUACAAGAUUGUUCAAUGUUCAAGCUACACCAGAAUUGGCUGAAGCUGUCGGAAUUCGGGAGGUUUUGAGCUGGAUAAAAACCAGUCGACUGCAGCAAGUGGUAAUCGAAACGGACUGCUUGUCUGUUGUUCAACCCUUAAGAAGUUCAAUUGUUAUGAUUUCCACUUUUGGUCAAGUGGUAAAUGAUUGUAAGGCUUUACUUAUUGAACUUAAAAAUGUUUCUAUUUAUUUUAUUCGUCGAUCAGUAAAUACGGUAGCUCAUGAGUUCGCUCGAGCCUUUGUAUCGUUUCCUGAUUGUAAAUUAAUUUCAGUUUGGAUUCUAUUCCAACUGUUUUGUUACCUGUUUUGGUGA